CCGAGGACCAACCGGGAUAUCUUUUUCGUUCUUCUUAAGGAUACGCAAUAAUAAAAAAUAUAUUAAAAUAUGAAUUUCCACCAGAGGACUUUCGAGGAGACGAUUUAAGGAAGGGAAAGUACUGGAUAUUUCAAUUUAAAAAGACACUCAAAGAGACAGGUCAGAGGUCAUGCAGCACUACGGCGUGAACGGCUACUCCCUGCAUGCCAUGAAUUCCCUCAGUGCCAUGUACAACCUCCACCAGCAGGCGGCGCAACAGGCCCAGCACGCGCCCGACUACCGGCCGUCGGUGCAUGCCCUCACUCUGGCCGAAAGGCUGGCUGACAUCAUCCUGGAGGCCCGCUACGGCUCACAGCACCGAAAGCAGCGGCGCAGUCGAACGGCGUUCACAGCCCAGCAACUGGAGGCUCUGGAGAAGACCUUCCAGAAGACGCACUACCCCGACGUGGUCAUGAGAGAGCGUCUGGCCAUGUGCACCAACCUGCCUGAGGCCCGCGUGCAGGUGUGGUUCAAGAACAGGCGGGCCAAGUUCCGCAAGAAGCAGCGCAGCCUGCAAAAGGAGCAGCUCCAGAAGCAGAAAGAAACAUCAGGAGCAACAGAGGUCUCGACGGAGGACACCAAGACUGACCUGGCGCCCUCCUCUGCCCCGGCGUCCGACUCCCGCACGCCUCCCCCUCCCACCUCAGCCUCGUCUUGCCACUCGGAAACAGAGAGGGUGGCAGCGGCCGCUAGGCCUCAACCCGGAGAGACAAGCGUGGAAGUCAACGUCACCUCGCCCGAGCCGUCCGACAGCGAGUCGGGAGCUGAGGACAACAGAGACGGGGAGGAAGACCAAGUGAGGGGGGACGUGAGGGGGAAGAUCAGGGAGGAAGCACAAGGGGAGGGGGGGACGCACCCUGGCAGCAGCUCGCCGUCCUGCAAACCACUCAGCCCGAUAUCAGAUUCCCCCCUGAGUUCGCCCGCCCUGCCAUCCUCCAGCAGCGUGACAAGCGGGCUCUCCCAGAGCAACUCGUAUGCCUCGUCUCCGCUCAGCCUCUUCCGGCUGCAGGAGCAGUUUCGGCAGCACAUGGCUGCCACCAACAACCUGGUGCACUACCCGUCCUUUGACGUGAGCGCGCCGCCGCCGUCCUCUUUACCCUACUUGGGCAUGAACGUCAACAUGCCGUCACCGCUGGGCUCGCUGCCCUGCCAGUCGUACUACCAGACGCUGUCGCAGGCCCAGCAAGUGUGGAACAGCCCGCUGCUGCAGGGGGCGCCGGGCGGCCUUCCGGGAACCCUCAAUAGCAAGACCACCAGUAUCGAGAACCUGCGGCUGAGAGCCAAGCAGCAUGCGGCCUCGCUAGGAUUGGACACGCUCCCCAAUUGAAGUUGCCCCCUUUGCGACGUCGUGUUCCAGCCAGGCCCACCGGGACCCCGCACAAAAACUCAAAGCCUACAGCUUGAUCCUUGAUAUGGCUUUCUUCAUGCGUCUGCUGGGAGAACAUGGACUUAUAAAAAUAUAUAUCCACUGGACUGCAGUACUUCAUGCUUGUGAAUCUUGUUGCAAUUCCACCACUGCUUUUGCUGCACAAAUAUGAAAAUAGCCUCCAAUUAUACCCAGAACUAUGCAUGCAAACAUCCUAUGGAGGCUAGCAAUGUUUACAGACCUACUGUUGCCAUGGUAUCAGCUUUGGACACAAAACACGAUAGAAAUAAAAAUUACAAUUGGCACAGCAAAAAUAGGGUUGUUGAAAUGAAAUUGUGGCUUGAAAGAAGAAGUUAAAAAAAAAAAAGGGGACUUUGGCUCGAGGGCUCCCCCUGCUGAUCUGAAGGCCAAGCCGAUGAAUGUACAUGCCAAUCAUCUUAUAUCAGCGUCUUUAAAAUCAGGUGUUGUGGGGUCACCAUGGCAACAACAACGACAAUAUCCCCCAUUACAAGCCAGUGUGCUCACCAAAACACAACAACAUGUUGUGUUAAAAACAAAAAAAACAAUGGCGGGAUAAAAUAAGAGAGCUAGCUGCAGUAUUUUACAAAAAAAAUGAAGCAAGCUCUUUGUGGGCAGCUAGUGUAUGGUUGCAGUUAAAAGAGUCAAAUGCAAGCAAAGGCUAACUAUGUAUUAUAUCUCUGUAGAUUUAAGAUGUGAGUACAAAGUCAGUAAUUUAUCUGUGUAAUGGGAAUAAAUGCAAGCCUG